GAUACUGUUUUCAAAAAAAAAAAAAAAAAAAAAAGCUCUUCAACGAAUUUACUACAUUGAAAUUGAAAACCCUAUGAAAUGAAUUUACUACACCUGCCUAAACAAAUGUAAUUUAUUCAUCCAAUUAUCAUUCUCAAUCCCUUCUUUCUCAAAGAAUUAGUACAUCGUCUCCACUUGUUUUGUCAUUCAUACAUUAAUGGCGAUGAUGAUGGAUUCAAAUGUGCUGAAUGAAGGAUUCGCAGUUGGGUGUGUGCUUGCAAUCAAGACUACUUUAGGUGAAGAAUUUGAAGCAACAGUUAUCACCUUUGAUCGACUCUCCAACAUCCUUGUUCUUCAAGAGGGUUCUAAAUCAGGCUCUAGAAAGAAUUUAAGGCUUUUGAAAGCUAACUAUAUUAAAGAAUUUACCUUUUUGCACCAAGUUGAAGAUCCUCUGGAUAUCAAAAGUUGUUAUCUUGAUCUUGCAUCUGUUCAAGCUAGAGAGGAAGCUGCUAUUAGGCAAGCUGAGAUUGAAGCUGAGAGGAUUGGAGUUGGGGUGACUACUGAGGCUCAGAGCAUUUUCGAUGCGCUGUCAAAAACGCUUCCUGUGCAUUGGGACAAGACUGUUAUAGUCGUGAUGGACCAAGUACGAGUUAGUAGUCCUUAUAACCCUGAAUCUGUCACCGGAGGCACUCCAGCAGCAAAUGAUCGCGUUAGAAAAGUGCUCGAACUUGAGAGGAAGAGGCUGCAUUCUCGUGGGUCUGCUUCAUAAUCACGUUACCGUUUUGAUCAAUAUAAUUGCUGUCAGAAGAAGACCAAAGGUAUGAUCUAGGAGGGGCUUCAUUUGCGGAAUCUCCAGAUGCUCCCGAUGCUUGAAUGAAGGAUGCUGAUAUUUAAAUCGCUAAAUCUUGUAGCUGAUGUCAAGAUAUCUGCACGAACCGAAUAUCUUGUAAGGCAUUUUAAGAUAGUCUGAAACGGAGUGAGAAUUAAUUUGCUUAGUGUGUUGCAUAUGUUUCUUCUGUUUCUCUUUAUCUAUUUGCACAAGGACGGCAGGACAUGAACUGUGAUUAAUUUUUCGGAUAUCAAAUGUUGUACUGUUGGAAAAUCCAA